AAAAACGCGUUCAUUUUUCAAUUCUGAAUCUCAGAAUCGGCUUCGAUCCCUUCGCUUCUCAUCUCCUACGGCCGUCCAUGGCGGCUACGGCUGACCGGCUCCGCCCUGUCGUGACGUUUGCCGGCCAGGGGAUUCGGUUUGAUCAGGAUUCGGCGGAGACUCCCCCUCUGCUCUCUAGGAUGUUGUCUUAUCCGAUUGGGAUUAUUCACCACCAGUUGAGCCGCCGUCUCGGUGCCGGGAAGCCACAACCACCGCGGCGUCAGCAGUCUUUUAGCCGAGAUUUUGGUCAUGCUGCUGCGGAGACCGUUCUUGUUACUCGAUUGAGCUUCACUCUCCUUCGAUCUCUUGGGGUACCGGUGGAUUGUAAGAUUAACUGCACUUGCAGUGUAUGCCAUUCUUCUUAUGCCCGGUUUUCUUCAAGGUAUUUGUUGCAUAGCUUAUUCGCUUUGAACAUUCCGUCUUUUCCCUGUAAAUGAUUCUGGGGUAGAGUUUUUAUUGUGCAAGUUGCAAAUUAAAGCACUCUUAGAAGCCUCUGCUCAAACUAGUCCUGCUUUCCUCCCGAGCCUCUUGAAGUUCGUAAGAGGCCGUGCCUUCCUCGCUAACUUCUUAGUAACACUCUUCUGGGCUAUCAUUUUUGUGCUUUGAGUAAACUCACUCGAACAAUGGUCAUGUUUUAUAAUACUUAGCCUAAUGAAACUUUUACUGUAUGAAUACUCUA